UUGGUUCUAUGUUGCUAUGAAAACGUAAAUGAAACAACAAUGUCAACAUAACAUUAAAAUAUAACGUUUAUUAUUAACUUCGAUGUCAGACGUUUUUGACAAUAAAUUGUUUUUUAGAAAAAUAAUAAAAAUAGCUAGAACAUAGAAAAGUAAGCGUGUGAAUAUUUAGUUUUUAACUAAUAAUGGCCGAAGAUAUCAAACUUCAGGAAUCUAUCAAAAAAACUCAAGAUCUACUUGGAAAAUAUAUUAAAAAGCCUCCGUUAACAGAAAAACUUUUAAAAAAACCACCAUUCAGAUUUAUUCAUGAUAUAAUUUCAUCAGUUAUCAAAGAAACAGGAUUCCUGAAGAAUUUAUAUAAUGAAGAAGAAUUAAAUAGUGCAAAUUACACGGAUAAAGAAUCAAAAUUAACGUAUCUUACCAAGUUAAUUGAUUCUGUAAAGCUAAUAACUGGUAAUGAACUUUCUGUCAGAGCGUCUAAAAUAGUAUCAGGACAAGAACCAAUAAAAACUAAUGAACUACUCCAAGCUAUUGGGCGAGCUUUAGAUAAGAAAGUAUCCAGUGAUGAAGCUAUUGAUUAUUAUAAAAAAAUCCAGCAGAAAAAGAAAGAUGGUAAUUCAAAAAAAUCCAAACUUAAUAGUCGUUCACCAAGUGAUGAAAAAUCCAAAAAGUUUUUAUCAAAACCUGGUUCUAAUGAAAAAUUAUCUAGUGGCUCUAAAGAGAAGACAAAAGAUAAAGAUGGCAAAGAUCGAGAAAAAGAAAAAAGUAGCAAGGAGAAAAGCAGUAAAGUUAAGGUGAACGAAAGAGAUAGUAAAAGUAUAGGAAAAACAAAUAAAGAGAAAAAAGACUUAAAAGUAUCAUCACGAGACUCUAAAACACAAGAAAGUAAAAAAAAAGAAAGUAAUAACAUACCCAAGGUGAAAAAAAAUCAUACAGCCGAAGGCAAUAAAUCAAUUACAGAACUUAAGGAAAUUAAUGAGCUUGAAAAAUCAUCAGAAGGAAAUAAUAAUAUAAAUGAUGAUACUUUAAAUAUAGUAACAUCAGAAAAAAUAGAAACAAAUAUAAUUAACGAGUCUUCAACAAUAAAUGAAAAUAAAGUUAAAAAAACCUCUAGUGAUGAUAAAGAAGACGAUCAAAUCGUAAAUCCAUCACUAAUAGAUAAUAAAGCGAAUGACAAAAAAGUACUUCAAGUUAAAAAUAUUAUUCAAGAAGACACUGGAAUAGAAAAAGAUGUAAAGAAUGAUGAACCAACUGAAAAACCUAUUGAAAAAAAUAACAAACGAGCUAGAAGUGCAUUGUUGAGACCACCUAGUGCACGUCCACCAAGUGCGCGUCCAGCUGCACCCAAGAUACGAAAUAAACCAGAUUUUAUUAUUGACAACAAUAUGAUGACUCAAAUGGCAGAUAUUAAUGUGAUUGUAGAGAAUUUCGAUGGAAAAGAAGACGAUGCUGAUAAUAUGGUGGUUAUUGAGAGUGGAAAUAUUGAAAAUAAUCUACCCAUCAACAGUACAGAUUUAUUCAAUAACCCACAAAUAGGUCAAGAGCAUGGUCAUUUAGUAGCACAGAUUUUGGAGACUCAAAGGGAUCUAGUGAAUGAAGGGAAUGUUGAAAUAAUCCCAAAUAAAGUGGAAAUAGAAUGGGACUCAGGAUUGAAAAAAGAUCGAGAUGUUAUUGUUAAAGAAAUUGAUAAAUUACGUGGAACAAUACAAAUGUUAACACGAGCAACAAAUCCAUUAGGUAAAUUGUUCGAUUUUCUACAAGAGGAUGUUGAGAUAAUGCAAAGAGAAUUACGUGAUUGUCGAAACGAGUUUGCUAGUAUAAGAGAACAAUUAAUUGUUGAGAGAAAUAAUACUCAAAAGUCAUUAAAACCGUUAGAAGAAUCUUUAAAAGAAGUUGAAGCCAAUAUUAAUGAUCAAAUUGAAAAAAUUCAUCAGACCAAGUGUAAUAUCAUAAAAAAUGACCAAAAAAUCGCUCGGCUUCUGAGUGGUCAUUAAGAAAAUAAUUAAUAAAAACAU